CACCAGCUAGCCGGCGGUGUACCCCCUAAAAUCUGGAUGUUAUACACACUUUUGAUUAGGUUGUUGUUCUUUAAAUAAAAUGUGACCUCGUAUUUAAAUGUAAUCACACCUGCUUAUAAUUAUACAUAUAUAAUACUUACCGUGAGUGAAGUUGUCCUCUGUUGUCGCGCUUCUUUUCAAUACAUCUUAUAUAUAUAUAUAUACUUACGUAUCUGCAAUUGUAGCUCCUCUUACCCACACUUAAGUAUAUAUAAACUAUGUAUAAAAUAUACGAAUUACAAAUGCCAUCGAAGUAGAAGAUCGAAGAAGAAGAAGAAGAAGAAGGAAAAGGAGCGUGUGUAAACAUGUGUGUGUUGCGUGUAUCAAAAGAGUCUUUCUGACUCUGCAGCUGUGUGUCAGGCUGUGCUCUCUCUCUUUCUUGCUCUCGUGUGCGACGUCCGUCUGUCGGUCUCCUCUACGUCAGCUCGGCACCGACUUAAACUUAUAAUCCGCUUCUUCCCUCUUGCCCUUGGACUGAGGCGCCACACAAAAGCAGCAAGAAAUCAUCAUCUAGAGACCCUCAAGUUCGAAAAUGUUUAAUUAUUAAUUUCCCCCCUACGAGAGGAAGAUCGGUAUGUAUCGGUAACCAUGAACGUGCGAUCGGUCCCUCUCGAGUCAAGAUCUCAUUCGGCUAUCGCUUCCUGAGGUCAAGAAGACAUUGACUGCCGAGGGACCUGUGACAAUAACAGCACCUGACCAUGUCUGCGGAGGCUGCAGGCGUCGCCGAUCCCAUCGACGGGAAGAUAGCUGUAAAGUCAAAAGGACGCACGCUAUUACAGCCAGCAGCAGUCGCUGGAGGAGGAGGAGGAGCGAUCUCGUCGUCGUCGUCGUCGUCGCCGAUACUACCACAGCAGGGCCGUAAGUGCGCGAGGUGCGCCGCGGCCCUUGGCAGAUUUUACAACACCGGAGCCCCCUGUCCGCGAUGCAAGCUCCGGGUCUGCCGGCAAUGCCGCGAGCUCGGGAGCAUCCCCAUCAACAACAACAAUGACUGGCUGUGCACCUUUUGCCACAAGAUACGGGACUUGCGUCCCGUGUCCGCCGAGUGGAGCCGCACAACCGGAAGGGACCAUUACUUGUCCGCCUUGGACAUUUUGAAGCACAGCAUACGACGUGCCUGGACUAUUAACGGUCCACCCGCGCGCUGGUCGGCCGCGCGCAAAUCCCCGGGUUUCCGAGUCUACCGCAGCCUGCCGAGCCGUCGACGCGAGUAUCCGGAGGAUAAGAACGCCAAAAACGCGGAGAGGCCGAUCAAGCCGCCCACGAGGACCAUCCUCGGCAAGCAGCAUGAGCCGAAAAAGUCCAGCAUACCGGUCUUCAAGAAUAAUCGCAGCUCCAAGGAGUUUGAGGACAUACGCGGACCCCAUGAGUCACCCAAGCGCUCCCUGAUACCUCAAAGGUAUCGCGGGAGCACGGACGACUUGCGUCGCAGUCGGGAGGACGUGAGCACGCCAAGUCUCAUACCGAAACUGCUGUCGCCGCGGAAUAAGGAGGACAGGCUCAAGCGACAGGACAGCAAAGACGACGUGAGACUGUCCUCCCUGCCUUGUCUAACAGCCAACGGUAGGCAACAACAGCACCAGCAGAUAUCGCAAGAGGCCAAAUCUUCGUCAAGGCUUUUUUUCCGAAGGGACAGUCGCGAGGAGACUCCCGUGAUCUCGCAAAGCAGCAGUGAUGCGCCGGGGCAGGAUUGUUCAUCGUCAUCGACGUCGAGUCUGGGUAAACCGGGCACGAAGCGAGAUGAGCCUCUGAAAAUGUUGGACGAGUCGAGUUCGCGCGAUGCCGACAAAACUGCCAGCGUCACGAAAGAAAAGGGGGUCCUCGGGCCUCGUGACAGAGCCAACGAGGCUGCAGUACCACAGCUGCAGACGCUCUUUCACCUGGACGCCGAGGGAUGCGACCGACCGGUACUCGAGACCGACAAACAACAAAAAACGCCCGAGUCGACCUUAGUUCCGAAAAUCAACGAGCCCGUGGUCGUCAAGAGAAAAUUCUCCAAGGAAGAGUACUCGAACGAUGACACGGACGACACCGCAAACCGGCGCUGCUCGAGCCAUCUGUCCCCGGAGGCGAGUCCAUUGAGCACCAGGUCCUCGAAGUACAGUCCGCGGGAGAGCGAGAGCGAGCCGACGCCAGCCCUACCGCGAAAAGUGGGCAGCAGCGAACGGGGCGAGUCGAGCUCCGCCUCGCAGAGAAUUCGCGAUGCCAUAACCAGGACUCGUCGCGAGUCCAACAGCAGUGCCAAAUAUGAGAGUAGCGGCAGCGAGGGCGUCAGACUGGGCGGUGAGUCGAGCAGCAUAUCGAGCUACGUGGAUCUCGCGAGGCGCGUCAAGCUGUUUGGCAGCGGAAGCAUCGGGCCCUCGGCCGGAAGCUGCGACGAGGUGUUGCAGCGUGACAGUGCAACGAGCGCCGGUGAGGACGAGCACGACGAGCUGGCCUCCAGGGAUCCAGCUCGGCUGAGCGCUGCCUCCCAGAACAGGGUCAUGCUACGCAGGAGGCGACAGUACGACGUGCAAGGACCACGUCGCCGAGGAAGGUCGCACGGCGCGCGGAGCUACUGCGGCGGCGAGGAACUGCCUCCGGUGGUACACGGAGAGGAGACAUCGGUAGGAGCGGCGGCCGAGGUGACACCCGGGGCUCUGUUGGACUACCGCAGGCUGGUGUUCAUAAGCUCGGACUCGUCUUCCGGACGAGAGGAGGACGACGCGGACAGCAGUUGCUCCGGAUCUUCCUACCUGAACGGGGUCCAGCCACCCACGCCCGGAGGUACUCACCACCAGCAGCAGCAGCAAAGCCAUCGCCACCAUCAACAGCAGCACCAACAAUCUACCAGUGGCUUGGAGGACUGCGACUGGGACUACUUUGAAAGCGGCACUCUCAAGCUACCCCAGCUGCAAUCGUCCCUCCAGACGGACUCGAGGGAGUGGAUCUGUUGUCCAGCCAGGUCCUCCACUGCCAACUCGUCGUCGACGUCUUCCGGCUGCUGCCUGGCUUGCGGAGGUUCGAAGAACGCACAGGUACUGCCGGUCCCGGUGCCCAUUCCCGUUCCGGUGCUCGUCCCGGUCCCGGCCUCGCUCUGGACCGGAGAAUUCGCCGGACUCGACAGGGCUCGGGCGGCCGCGAUCGCCAGCUCGAUGAUCGGCCGCGACGCAGCCACGAGACUCGACCCGUCCCUACCUCUCAGCCUACGGGGCUGCGAUCCGUCAGCUGCUGCCUGGUUCUCCUGGAAUCCAAGGUUCGACUCGCCGAAUUUGCUCUACUCGCCCAGCCACGUCUAUCCAAAGGAGCUCUCGUCGUCGAUCUCCCCCGGCGAUCUCUUGCAAUCGGAAAACCAGGAGACGGCAAAGAGUCCACCCGGCGAGAGCUACGGUGGUGCUGGGCCGGGAAAGGAGAUCAAGGUGGUGGGCGACACGCCAGCCGAGAUCGUCAAACAAGCUGGCGAGGAACGAGAAGUGGAGAAGCAGCAGGUGAUGUUUCGACGGUCCCAGGAGGUGGAGGACUCAUCGGGUCGCUCCUCGGCCGAAAGCAGCGAUCUCGAGGACUCGGGCUCGCACAGGUUUUCGCGGGUGCUCAACAUAAACGACGAUUCCCUGACUAGCGACAACGACAUCGAGGACAACUCGGAUUCGGCGCGCGAGGGCCAUCCGGUCGCGCUCAAACGAUCGGCGCUCGGUGAGGUCCCGCUGGACGAGCAGUCCGAGUCUGUGGUGCUGAGGAAAAUCCGUUCGUUGGGUGAGGACGCUCCAAUAAAAAACGAAUCGGCCAACCGAUCGCUGUCGGAGGAAGAAGAGGAGGAGGAGGAGGACGGGCCCUCGGAAGCUCGCAACGAUUUACGAAACGAAAUCGCGAGUUACGACGAGAUAUACCUGGCCAGCACGCAGGACGACUCGGACAACCUCGUGCUGUUGAAAUCCAUGCGGCUGAUCGACCCCGACGGCGAAUGCAAUGCCCCAACCGAUACCGAUUUCCUACCUGCGCAUCGCGUAUACCCGUCCCAACAGCAGCAGAACGAGGAAAAAGUUAUAACAGCUGCAGUAGAGUCAGCGAGCGAAGUAGAGGAGGAGGAGGAGGAGGAAGAUAGCUCGAUCGUAAUCCCGGAUUCGCUGGAAGUCAGCAUGCAGGAUUUGGAAGACAGUAUUGAGGUAGCCAGCGACGACGCAGCACUGCUCGCUGUUUCGAGCUCGAUAGAAGGGGACUGGGUAGAGGAGGGGGUGGCAGAGAAGGUGGCUGAGGGGGAGGGGCGCCAGCGCAAGGAGCAGGAGAGUCACUACAGCAGCAGCAGCAGCAGUUCGAGCGAGAGCGCCGGCGCUGGCGGUCCGAUCGACGCGGUUGCGGUGAAGCAGGAGGAGGAGAAGGACAAUUUGCGACAGCAGCUCGGGGACAGCUCGGCUGCCGAGACAGCAGCGGCGGCGGCCUUGAUGGCGAAGACCCGCAAAAAAUGGCAAAUCCCCGCGAGCUUUGACAUCAAGGGCAUACCGAGCACUCACUUUCUGCCCCAGGAGCGUCGCAAGGAACACCACACUAGUCCCCUGCUGAGCGCAGCUGUUGAACCCCAAGAGCUUCAGCCCGAGGACGAUGACGAGGAGAACGUGAAUAACAACAACAACAACAAUAAUAAUAACAAUGCUGUGUUGGAGGAGGAGGAGGAAGUAGUGGAUGCCGAGGGAAGCGUGACGGAAAAGCUCGAUGCGCAUGACGAAAGUGGCUGCGCCGCUGGCAGCGAAAGAGUGAGAGGAGCAGCGCCCGAGCAGGUGGGAGGAAGUACCGAGGAGCUCGAGGCCGCGAAGCUGCUUCCGAGGUACGGCCAACAGCGCGCAGUAGUCGAACGGCGCACGCCCACUCUCGACGAAGAGGUUUUACUGCACCCGGAAGAACAACAAGAGGAGGAGGAGGAUGAUGACGUUACAACGACCGCUGCUACUACCACUACGACUACCGGUGUUGCCUCGAGUUCGCAGUCCUCCGGGGCCGCGCGUCGCCUCUGCUAUCCGGACUCUAACCUCGGGCUCAAACAGCUCCAAAACAACGUCAACAACAACAAUAACAUAAGCGCCGCCGUCGCCGCGAGCAACAACAAGUACCGGAGCUUAGUUAUGAUCACCCAGGCGGCUUACCAGCCCGUCAACGUCAUCACCUCGGACACGACGACUCUGCUGCAACCUGCUCCUGGUCAGAUAGACCAGAACAACUACAAUUUCCAACUGAGCAGGCUGAGCGCUGGUCCAGAGGCCGCUCGAAGAAACAACAUCGGCAACCAGGGCCCACCGAAGAAGCCACUGCCGUGCAAGCGCCUGCUGACGAAUCCCGAGCCAGAAGUGGACAGCGGCCUGAGCGUCGGUAGCGCGAGCGAAAGCGACGACGUGCAAUCCGUGAAAAAUGCCUCGAAGCAGCACUCCUCCUCGCGCAGUCCCAUCUUCCUCUCCGGUCACGAGGACGAGUCGUCGUCGUCGACUCCACCACCGCCGGCGCAGCAACACUUUUCGACGCACUCCGAGAACACCUGCCCGUACGAGGCCCAAAGACGCGGUCCCCUGAUCCUCGAGGAGGGCCUGGCCGACGAUGACUCCUGGGUCGAGGAGAUAUCGCACGACGAGGACGAGGCGAGCAUGACCACGGCCACGGAGGAGAGCUCGGAAGACGAGGCGGCCAACAACCUCGGGGACCGCGAGGAGGAGCUCCGCGGUUAUCACCGGCAGGCAAUAGACUUCACGCUGCACACGAUAGUCGAGGAGUCGUGCGAGGAGAGCGAGAGCGAGCACACGAGCGCGAGCUGGAGACGCCGUCUGGUGUCCGCCUCGGCUCCCGACCUCGACAGGUACUAUUUCUUCGGGGUGGGCAACGACGCUCACGCUAACGGCAGCUCGAGGGAGCUCGACAGCCUCUCGGAAACGUCGUCCACCUUCUCCGAGGGCCUGGAUUCUUUGACGCGUGAGGAGGCCAUCGGCCAUCAGCAGGGCACGGGCACGGAGAGGACGAGCGGCGAGUUUGCCAACGGGCCCGUGAGGAUGGAAAAAUACUUUUUGACCGAGUUUUUGAACCUCGACCAGGACCGUAGGGACUCGGACGGCUCGGUGGGCAGUGACUCCGAGGGUAGGCCGAGUCCCGAAGCGCAGCGCAGAAAGCGACUGGUUCGCGCGCGAGGGACCGGCAGGUCGCACAGCUCGUCCCUGGACAAUUUGUUGGCGCUAGCGGCGUACAAUUCCAACUCGGGCUCGCACCAGAGUUCCCUGCAGGACGGCAGCCCGGCCACCGACGGCCAGGAGUCGCAGUCCGAGGGCUCGUCCACGGAGACGGAUGGCAUCGACGAGAACCCGACGCCGGCUUUCGGCACCGACACCAACCAAUUCGACACCGUCAAGCGCAAAAAGAAGAAGCCGCGUGGCAGUGGAGGCACAGGACAGAGUCCUCGCGUUACCGAGGAUCGAAACAGGACGCCCGAGCCUCGCGAGACCCUCGAGCUACCCGCGGAGUUGGAGGAACAAGAAAUGGAGGAAGAAGAGGACGCCGACGUAGUCGCCAAUUCGGAGGAGGACGGUGCUAAGACGCCACAGCCGGAGAGCAUCCUGGCCUGCAGUCCUCAAGCAGAGAGCGGUCACAGCUCGCAAGAGGACGCGAGGGCGAAACAAACGUCGAGGGAUUCCGGUUUCGUGGGCAGCUGCGACGACCUGUUGCUGCAGCCAAGGAGCAUAGAGAUGCCAGCCGCAACGCCCAACGAUCGCAAACACCACCACCACCUCCACCACCAUCAUCAACACCACCACCACCACCAUCAUCACCAUAACCAUCAUCAACACCACGGGGACGCGGCACAGACGACCAAAGAGCUAGAGGUGAAGGAGCACGAGUUGGACGACAAGAGGGAGGAGAAGGGCGAUGGGACAACGAACGAACGACCCGUCAAAGAGACGGACAGAAAGAUGCACGAGAGGAUACUGGAGAGCCAGAGACUGAGAGAGAGACUGACAAAAAUGGAGCCGAGUGGCUCGCUGCUGUCACGCAAGGACAGCUUCAACAACUGGUCGAGCGACGAGGAGACGAAUCUCAUGAUGUCGAAGAUGCGCCAGUUCUUCAAAACGAUGGUGGCCAGCUCGUCCAACGUAGCCGGGCCCAAUCAGCCGGGCAGUAGUAACACAGUUUCGAGCGCCGGAGCCUCGCCCGCGCCCAGCCCUAGUCCAAGAUUGUCCGGCGGCUACUCGUCGAAGGCUCGAGGCUACGGUCACGCGGCCCCGAACCGAACGAAGCCACCGCAGCUGGUGUACUUUGAGAACGAACUGACGAGACUCAUGAAGACAGUGCCGGGGAUAAGGGACGAACAGGUGCGCGAGAUCGUCGAGUACCUCAGCUCCGAGGACACGUGGUCGGACUCGUACGACAGCUCGGACUACACGAGCUCGGACCUCGAGGGCGCGGCAGCUGCUGCCGGUGGUCGCAGAUCCGCCCUCCAGGAGCAGAUAUCCCAGAGCUGCCAGCAGAUCAUCAGCAAGUUCGACUCGACGGCCUCCACUGGCUCCGACGAGACGAGGUCGAGUGCCGGAUCUGCUGACUCGAAAAAGGAUCCGCAAGCGACCGCGAAACAAGGCGCCCAUCAGCAGCCAGGAUUCGGUAGGGACACGGCCUUUGUUUAUCAAAAGCUCGUGCAGAGUUUCACGAAAAUGGCCGGGGACAACAACAACGUGGCCAGCGACGCUAGCAGCUCGACGCCCCACAGUAGUCCGCCCCUAAUCGCCAAGGUGAUGCAUCACAUCGGCAGUAGACUCGUCGCCUUAAUGCACGAGGUGUCCGAGAGCAACUCCACCGGUGGACACUCGCACAGUACGGCCGGUUGGAGGAGGUACCCGCACCAUCGCACACCGUCGUCGGCUUCCACGACCGAAGACGACGACUCGACCUCGGACUCGGCGAGUGCGCCGGUGGUGAGUUUUAUAUACAUACCUCGCUCGAAAUCCCACGACCCGCUGCUUCUGAUAAACGGGCACGCGGGAGCGACGAGCAUGCCCCCCGAGGCCGAGGAGCGCGAAGCCAGCGACUACGAGCGCUUCUCCUGGCGGGGCAGCUUCGAGUCCGCCCUCAUGGCUGCCGACUCGCGUACCAAGCUCAGUCUCCUGGCGUGCUCCGGUGGCGACGUCAGCAGCGUCAGCAGCAGCAGCACCAACGCCAUGGCUGCCAAGCGACGAAGCGCCGGUGACUUGCUCUUCAACCCCAAAAGCUUCUCUCGGGAGCAGCUCGACAGGGUCAGGAGCUGCGGGUCGAUCGGAGGCGCGGUUGGGGCUGGACCCACAGCUGCCUGCGGUGGAUCCAUCGAGGAGAAAAUCUGGAGCAAUAGAAGGAGGUCGUCCGUGCCCGAUGCCAACACGAGAGGCGGCGGAGGAGAAUCCGGAGCGUCGGCUGGCGACGAGGACACGGAGGACGACGAGGACGAUGGUCUGGAGUACAACUGCCAGGGAGGCGAUCCUCGCGCGACGACGCUGCCUCGUGGCUUGCAAAUGAGCGGUGGUUCCGGUGCCAACAACGUGUCGUCGGCCUCUGGUUCGGGCACGACCAACUCCCUACCCAGGCAGACGAGCAGUGGAUCCUCUGCGAUGCACAAGGCGCACAGCGUCUACCACUUUCUGCCCCAGCACAGUGCCGUCAAGUCGGCAAGAUACCGGCCGCCCGGCUUUGCCGCUAGGAACAACAGUCCCGGUGCUAUGAUGCAGCCUGGGCCCAAAAGAGCGCUCAGUGCGCCUGGACUGCAGCUGCAGUCUCGCUCGAGAAGAUCGCAGAACAUCGGACAGGUGGCAUCGUCCAAGAGCAAGAGAGAGACAGAGCCAUAGAUUACUGCUGAUUCAGGCGCAAGCUUGUCGGAGGCGUGCAGUACGCCCAUAAUCGGGGCGAGUUCGCGAAACUCCUCCAGCAACGCCAGCAUGGACCUGAUGGACGACAUCGACCGUGGCUUGAACGCCACCCGGGCCUCCUUAUCCAGCCUCGGGGCUCGCUCGGACUCGAUGGCUUCGGUGUACAGCGGAGCCGGGGAGGGUCGCUGGUGCGGUUCCGUAGCCGUCAGGGGCGAGGUCGAGUUUUCCCUCCAGUACGACUACAAACAGCUCACUCUGGAGGUUCACGUGACGCAGUGUAAGGAUCUCGCUCCCGUCGACGUCAAGCGCAAUCGUUCCGAUCCGUACGUUUUUCAUCUCUCUCGCUAUACUCGUACAUUGCUACCAAUUUACGUGAAGGUUUACUUGCUGCCGGACAAAUCGAAGAGCGGCAAGCGCAAGACGAAAGUGAAGAAGCACACGCUGAACCCGGUCUUUACCGAGACGCUCAAGUUCCACACGAGCCUGAACAACCUCGAGUCGCGGACGUUGUGGCUGACUGUCUGGCACUCGGACAUGUUCGGGCGAAACGAUUUCCUCGGGGAGGUGCGGAUGCCUCUGGAGAACAAGAUCUUUGACGAUCCGAGGCCUCAGUGGUAUCCUCUGCAGGAACGGACCGAGCCAUUCGACGACCCUGUAUCGUACAAGGGCGAGGUAAUAGUCGGUCUGAAGUUUGUGCCGCCCGAUCCGGCGCGACAGGAGCGCGAACGCGAGUCGGGCGAGCACCGUAAGAUGAAAAAGAACUGGAGCAGAGGCGCUCUUCACGUCCUCGUGAAAGAAGCCAGGAAUCUGCAGACCCGUGCCAAAAACUCCGGCACCUGUGAUCCGUUUUGUAAAAGCUAUUUGUUGCCGGACAAGGGUCGGUCCGGCAAGCAGAAGACUGGAGUCGUGAGAAGAUCGACUGGCUCUCCCGUAUGGAAUCACACCUUCGUUUACAAGGAUGUCAGCUUGCAGGAACUCGCCGAGCGUGGCCUCGAACUAACGGUCUGGGAUCACGAUCGGAUAGCUAGCAACGAGUUCCUCGGCGGUGUUCGUUUCAACCUUGGCACUGGUAAACAUUACGGUAAAGCGGUCGAUUGGAUGGACGCGACUGGGCGCGAAAUGUCGCUUUGGCAGAGCAUGCUGGAACGUCCGAACUUCUGGGUGGAGGGAGCCGUGACACUGAGACCGAAUCUGCACAAUCACGGCAAAGCCGGUACAUCUUAGAAGAUUAUACCGAUUAAUUUUGUGCCCCCCUCCUCAAAUAACCACCUUAACCGAUACUUGGAAGAAAAAAGUGCCUUUAGAAGUAAUAACAAUAACGCCAAUUCUUUCAUCUCGAGAUAAACGUAUGUAUUGUAAUAGGCUUCGAUAAUACUAUUGAUAUCAUCGUUUUCUCUCGUCGCUAUGAGGAGCAAUGAUUUUUUGAAAUGUGAUUUUUCCGAACAAUUUGUUUUUUUUUUUAUUCCGUGCACCUUCUGUUAUCGUAAAUCUUAGAUUUUUUUUUCUUUUACGUAUAGAUGCAAUAUUUACCAAGAUUUUUUUUUGAUCUUAUUACACAAUGAGUAUUUGGAUAAAAACAUGAACAACUACUGGAGCAUCUCAGUAGUUCUAGGAAAUUAUAUUUUGUUAUUUAUUUGAUGUAGUGAUCCGUGUACAGGUAGCUGUAUAAACGAACUGAUUAGAAUCAUUGGCUUUGCUAUUUAUACUUAUGAAAACCUGAUCUGAUUGAUAAGAAAAAGCCGAAUGCCAAAUAGAUAUAAUUUUAUUUUCUGAAUAAUUGUUGAAAGAAAGAAAAAAGGAAAGUAAGUUUCGAUCUGUGUAUUUAUUCUUUGUGGCCAAAACUGUACUUUAUGUCAGACGAUCGCUGUUUAAAAGCUGUACACAUGAAAAACGAAUACACGUGGUGAGAAUAAUGUUUUUUCGUAGAGGUGAAAAGUAACUUGGUUCGACUGUUGCUUUUUAUAAAACACCGAUGAUGCAAAAUUGCAUUUAUAUUUUACAACUCGACUUUUUAUUAGUCACCUGUAGAAAUAAUGUAAACAGCCCCCCCCCCCACUGGAGGAGAGGACAUCGGUGUGUUUGAGUGAUUAAAUAUGCCAGAUUUCCUAUUCGAUAAGCAUAGUAUUUUAUAUUUAUGGAAAAUAAUAAUACGUUGUACAAAUGAAUUGAAUUAUACAUUAAAAAAAAAAAAAGAGAAAAAAAAUCGAGAGUAUUAAUUAUAAAAUAAAGCGCGUGGGAGAUGGAGAAUCGUUUGUUGCAAGCGAUAUAUAUUUUUUAAGACGACAAAAGGCUGAUGUACUUACGCGCGUGUUGUGUAUUUACAUAAGCUAACUUUGUUCAAUUAUUGAUAUACUUACUUCGCGAGACUCACUUGAAUGCAUAACUAAGAUUACUGGUAUGAUUAUCAAAUGAAAUUAAUAAAUCUUAGGAUUUUAUUAAACUUGCAAGAUUUAUUAUUAACAUAGCGCGUAAGUUGAGAAUUUUAGACAAUUUCAGAAAACAACAGGGUCAUCAGAUUGAGCCAAUAAAAAAAAA